CAAAAACCACAAACCCCAAAUUGGUAAAGUCGGCAAUAGACUAUUUUGUCAUUAUUGCAUUACAUUAGGCUAUCUUUGAUUUGAAAAUUUUGACUAUUCUUUCUGACUGGUAGUAGUAGUUCAAGAUACUUUACUUAAAUGUCGACUAGAUGGUAUCCAAUUUUUCAGAAGGGCAAUCCUCAACUUCGAGUAUACUUGCCGAAUUUUUUCAUGAAGCUUGUCAGGCCAGACUACAAGCAACCACCAAAUAUUGUCAAGUUUAUUGUUUCCAAUGAGAUGACAAAUCACGACAUUAGAAAUUACUUAGAAAAGAUAUAUAAAGUCAAAGUUGCUGAUGUCAGGUCAAAUAUUGUCACAGGAGAGUUCAAAACGGCCGGCAAAGAGAAUUACAUUGUGAAAGAUGACGACUACAAAACAGCCUAUGUCACCCUUCCUCUUGGAGAAACAUUUGAAUUUCCUAAACUAAUCUCCGAAACAAUAAAAGAAAAAGAAGAGAAGACACUGAAUGAUACUCAGAAAUCACUGAAGGAUAUUCAGAAAAAGUUUUUGGAAAAGAACAAAAAUAGGCAUGGUUUACCUGGGUGGUACAGCAUUUAGUAAUUUAAUGUCAUUGUUCAGUCUUCAGUGUUAUUAGUUAUAAUGUAAAUAAAACUCAUUAAUAUUUA